AAACAGAGCAGUUAUCAGAGGGAGGCAGAGCAAGAGCCUCUCUUUAGAUAUAGGAUUUAAACAAAACAAAACCAAACCAAAUCUAUCUACUGGAGGAGAAUCGACCCUUUCCCCUUUCCCUGCACAAUAAUUACACCACGGGCAAGGCAGGGCAGUUUCCAUUGUCUGUGGACCAAAUGAUGACCGCCAAGACGGUAGACAAAAUCCCAGUCAGUCUGAGUGGGCUUGUGCACCACCUCCCUGAAAGCAUUUACUCAGUGGAGGACAUCGCCACUACCCUGCCAGGAUCAGUGAUCAACUUUCCUAAUGGUGACUUGGGAGGACCCUUUGACCAGCUGAGCGGUGUGACAGGAGGUAAGGCAUCCCCCCCCCCCCGCGAGCCCCUUCCCAAAACGACCUUUUUGGAUCCGGAUCUUGGGCUUUUGGUGGUGGGCAAGAGUAUUUUUUGUGGGAGGGGUGGGAGCAGGAGGGGCAGCACUUUGAGUUUGGGGCUGAUGUUUCAGUGGAAGGAAAACUGGGUCUCUGUGCAUGUGCAAACAGGUGUCAAGGGGCAGGGUGAUGCUGGAAGCUGCAAACCUCGACCCCUGGAGAAAUCCCACUGACUUAACUGGAGUUUUCAAGAGUGGAAAAGGACGGGUUUUUUUGGGGGGGGGGGUUAGUGUGUUAAAUUGGAACUCGCAUCCUGAAACUGGAAGAGAUUCCCUAACCUUGAGAAGAGCUACACUAAAUAAACUGCCCACAGUUAGUAACAGACAUUUAUAUAGGGCCGACAGAACUGUAUUUAAUCGGGGGUAACCUAACUGUGUGACUAACUGCACAAGACGCCCACUGAGAGCGCUGGAGUCGGUUUUACUGUCAAGAGCAGCGAAAAGGAUAAUUUGGGGAUUCCCGUUCAUAUCAGUGGGAUUAAGGUUGUGUGUUUUGGGGUAACUCACCCCCCCAAAAAAGUGCAAAUGGGGUUUGUGGGUUGCAGUGAAAGUGAAUGUAGUGUGUGAAAGUGAAAUGUGUCUAAUCUGGGAUUUCGGUCGAUAGAAAACCCCUUCCGCCCCACUCCUACCCCUUGCGCGGGAAUGUCUGCUCAAUCCAAGCCACCAAAGUUAGGGCUGACGAACUUUCAAACGUGGCGCAGACUGCGCCGCUUGAAAGGCGCUCUCCCCUCGGGGAAAUCGACGCCCCCAGUCUCCCACCCCCACCGAUCCGUGAGCAAGAGGCCCCCGUGUUGUGUCUGCGUGGGCAUGGAACGGAUACUGAUGCUCACUUGCCCUGGCAGGGAGAAGACGCUGCCCGGGCGCUGCUUGGCCCGCGGGCCCUCGAGGAGAGCCGCGGGGCCCCCGGUGCUGACCCGCCUUUCUCUCCCCUCCACCCUCCAGAUCAUGGCCUGAUCGACAUGAGCGACAAACGGUCCCUGGAGCUGCCGUACCCCUGCAGCGGCUUCGCGCCGCCUUCGCGCGGCCAGCCCUUCACCUACAUGGGCAAGUUCUCCAUCGACCCGGCGCAGUACCCCGGCGCAGGCUGCUAUCCGGCCGACGGCAUCCUCAACUUGGUCAGCGCCGGCAUCCUGCAGGGGGUAGCUGCCCCCUCGUCGUCGUCGUCCGCCGUCGCCUCGUCCUCCUCCGCCCCCUCGUCGUCUUCGGUCACUUCGUCGUCCGCCGCCUCGUCGGGAUCUCCCAACCCGCUGGGCUGCGCCAUGGCGCCCACCGCCGGAGACUUGGAGCACAUGUACUCGCCGCCCCCGCCGCCCUACUCCGCCUGCGGGGAGCUUUUCCAGCCGCAACAGCACCACCACCACUCCCAGCAGCAGCAGCAGGCGCAUCCGGACGGCUCUUCGGCUUUCCUGGCCGCCUCCUCGGGGCCCUACCCUCCGCCCCCUUCGUACCACCACUCCCCCAAGGCGGGGACGCCAUCCGGCGCCGACGGCGGCGGCCUCUUCUCCAUGAUCCAGGACUACCCGAGCUUCUUCCCGCCGCCGCCGCCGCCCCCGCCGUGCAGCCAGCGCGACCUCCACGGCGCCGCCGUCGAGCGGAAGCCGUUCUCGUGCCCGCUGGACUCGGUGCGCGUCCCGCCUCCGCUCACGCCCCUCUCCACCAUCCGCAGCUUCAGCCUGGGCGCGCCCCCUGGCGGCUUGGGCGACGGCCCGGCGUCGGGGCCCGCGGCCCGCUUCGCGCCCGGCGCCUACGGCAGCCCGGCCCACUUGCCCUUGCGCCCUAUCCUGCGCCCGCGGAAGUACCCGAACCGUCCCAGCAAGACGCCCGUGCACGAGCGGCCUUACCCGUGCCCGGCCGAGGGCUGCGACCGGCGCUUCUCGCGCUCCGACGAGCUGACGCGCCACAUCCGCAUCCACACGGGCCACAAGCCCUUCCAGUGCCGCAUCUGCAUGCGCAACUUCAGCCGCAGCGACCACCUCACCACGCACAUCCGCACGCACACGGGAGAAAAGCCCUUCGCCUGCGACUUCUGCGGGAGGAAGUUCGCCCGCAGCGACGAGAGGAAGCGCCACACCAAGAUCCACCUGCGCCAGAAGGAGCGCAAAGGCGCCAACGCGGCCUCCGGCCCGGGAUCGGCCUCCGCCUCGGGCCCCGGUGCGCCUCCGCCCGGCUCCAUGUGCUCCGGCGGUGGCAGCGGCGCCACUCUAACCUCGUGUGCCUCUCGGACCCGGACGCCCUGAUCCUGAAGCCUCUGGGCCCUCUUUUGGCCACGGACUCGCGUUGCGCGUGAGGGGGCCUCGCCGCCUCCUGCGAUCCGCCCGUCCCGCCGUCGGUGGGCAGCGUCCGGCAGGUAACCGGUAAAGGAUCGCCCGCUCUCCACGCCUCGUGCUUGUUGGAGCGGGCUGCUGGACAAACCGCAGGAAGCGAUCGGGUCAGGCUGGACUUGGAGAAGCGCCCCUUCUUAGCACAGACCGGUACCUUUCCCGUGGGGAGAGUUGGGGAGGGGAGGGGAGGACUCUCACGUGCACUUUAUAGCCCCCCAAGAGUCCAGCAGCAAGAAUCCCUUGUUAUUUGCCAAAGCCGCCCAAUCCCUGCCCUCCUCACCCCUUCCGGCACGCACGCACCACGGCGUUGUUAAAGAUGGAAACCUUUCUUGUUUCGUUUCGUUUUAACAGUCUAAAUGCAACUAAUUAAGCAGCGGCCCCCAAGCACUGUUUACUUGGAAAAGCAUGCAAAACCAAUGCGUCCCUGGAUAAAACAGAAAUGCAAUGGGGACAGGGCAGGGGGACAGGAGGCAAUGUCUGGCCUUAAUAGUGGGGGUGGGGGAGGUACUUUCCAGAUUUAAAAUAACUGUUUCCUCCCCCUCCACUGUAUAUUUCCACCUUUUGUGGUCUGUAUUCUUUUGAAAAGCAAUGUGCACUGUUCUCCUCCCAGGGUGAGGAGGGUUAGAAGCGAGUGGACUGAAUGGAGACUUAUUUAACUUAUUUCAAGGGGGACUGUACAUACCUUCUCUGGUGUCUGGCUGCAUGCAAUCGUGUUGAACUGUCCUUGGUGCCUUGUUCUGGGGAUGUAGGCAAUGGUUCCGUGGCUGCAUGGCGAAUCGGUUGCCUUACUAAUCACGGCACAGUGGGGUGGGAUGGGAGGGAGAGAGAUUUAUCAUCAGCUCCCUGGGUUUUAGUAUAGCUGUAUAUUUCUGCCUAUUAAUAUUUGGAUUUUUUCAUAGAAACUCUAUUUUUGUAUGCACUGGGUUUUCCUUUGUGACUUAUUAUUAAGUGUUGCUUUUGUAGAAAAUAAUAUUUUGGUUCGUUGGUUCGUUGAUUUGUUUUUUUAAAAACAGAAGGAUCACAGGAUGUGUAUAAUCUUUCUAGAGGGCUGACAGAGAAGCUGUUGGCUUCUGCACAAUGGGUGAAAUAGAAGCGAUCCGCCUUAAAAAGGCACAACCACUAACUGGAGCCAUCCCCCCAAGAAAGGUGGUUUUGUCAUGAACAUUGUGUAAAUAAAUGUUUUGUGCAAAGAAAAAA